UAAUACGUAAUACUUAACGUUAGUACGCGGACCUAGCCGAAAGAUUCUGUCCAGAAUCAUUCAAAAUUUUUGAAAAAUUAGUCAAAUCUGUGCUUGACCCGGAAGCUUUCAUAAAUGUAGUAGUACAGUUGGGUUGGGGAACGGGGAAGAGAGUAAGAUGGCGGAGGAGAAACAGCAGGAAAUAACACAGCGAGAUAUGGAGGGGGUGAACUGCCUCGCAUACGAUGAAGCUAUCUUGGCACAGCAGGACAGGAUCCAGCAGGAGAUAGCCACCUCCAUUCCCUUAGUGUCAGUCAGGCAGGACAUUUCUAUACUGAAGAGAGAGUAUGCACAAGAUGAUACUGUAUAUCAGCAAAAAAUAAAGGACCUGCAGAAAAAAUACUCGUAUAUCCGUAAGACAAGGCCAGAUGGGAACUGUUUCUAUAGGGCCUUCGGCUUCUCACAUCUGGAGUCAUUGCUGGAUGACAGCAAGGAGCUGCAGAGGUUCAAAGCAGUGGCUGCUAAAAGCAAACUUGAUCUGGUGAACCAGGGCUUUACCGAGUUCACCAUCGAAGACUUCCACAACACAUUCAUGGACCUGAUAGAGCUGUGUGAGAAGCAGCCGACUCUGGCCGAGCUGCUGGGCUGCUUUAACGAGCAGAGCAUGUCGGACUACGUGGUGGUGUACCUGCGGCUGCUGACGUCCGGCUACCUGCAGCGCCAGCACGCCUUCUUCCAGCACUUCAUCGAGGGCGGCCGCUCCGUCAAGGAGUUCUGCCAGCAGGAGGUGGAGCCCAUGUCCAAGGAAAGCGACCACAUUCACAUCAUCGCCCUGGCCCAGGUCUUGAACACCUCCAUACUGGUGGAGUAUAUGGACCGGGGCGAAGGGGGUACGGUCAACCAUCACGUCUUUCCAGAGGGGGGCGAGCCCCGCCUCUUCCUGCUCUACAGACCGGGCCACUACGACAUCUUGUACAAAUAGCCCCCCGCCUCGCCCCACGCCGCAAUGCUAACGUCGCUCACGGGUUACGAGGUACUCGCUCCCUGUACGAAAAAGCGGCAGUUUGGAAUUUAAAAUUGGGAGGGGGAGAAAGAACGGAGGUUUCCAGGCCCCUCUGCCUGUAUGCUGUGAAACUGAAAUGCCAGGAUGUGAGAAAAGCAGCGGCUUUAGGCGAUAAGUGAUGUACAGUUUUCUUUUUGUGAUUGUAAAUGGUGUCGACUUGCAUUUUGUUGGUUUAUUUCAUUUUUCCUUUGUUUACACUACCUUUCAUGUCUUUUAUUAAAGGGAUUUAAAUCUUA